AUGGCUGCUACAUGCGUCUACACCAGGUGUCAUCCUCGUUGCCACGGUGACGCCACGUGUCGGCCCUCUAACCGCUGUGUGUGUCGUCGAGGUUUCAGCGGUGACCGAUGUGAGGUUUCCACGGUGACAGUUUCUGUGCCAGGACCGCCGCUGACCUCCGUCCACCCGACCAGGACGCCACGUCUGAACCCGAAAGAACCAGUAUCCAAACCAGGAAGUAAACGCGACGGCGGCAGGAGUACGAAAGUGCUACGGAUCCGGUCUGGACCACCGGCCGUGUUUCCAACACCUGAAACAAAUCCUUCUAAACCUCAAGACAAAGGAGGAGUCUCCAAAGUGUCCGCCUCUAAGAUUCCACAGGUAGAGCGGCGAGCAGAAAGUAGGGCGGGGCUUACACCUGAGCUUCACCCAGAGGAGGGAGCGGAGAUCACAGCUCAGCUCAGAGCGUUUAAAACAGAACCGACAGACGGCGUGGAAAGACCGAGCGGAAACACAAACCCAGAGGCGGACACAACUCUGGAUUUCAAACGGCGCCCUAAAGCUGAAGACAAAAGAUCGAAACAUCGUUCUGAGACGACCGAACGCUUAAAAACGUCAACAUGGAGGCCCGAAGACGAGGAGGAGGGACUGAAGAUGGAGUUUUAUUCAGAACCAAGAAAAGAGAACGGACUGAAUCAAGAGUCGAAUCCUGGAGCGAGGGCGGAGAAGAGCGUGGAAGGUGUGAGACAGGAGAAGAGCGUGGAAGGUGUGAGGGAGGAGAAGAGCGUGGAAGGUGUGAGACAGGAGAAGAGCGUGGAAGGUGUGAGGGCGGAGAAGAGCGUGGAAGGUAUGAGACAGGAGAAGAGCGUGGAAGGUGUGAGACAGGAGAAGAGCGUGGAAGGUGUGAGACAGGAGAAGAGCGUGGAAGGUGUGAGACAGGAGAAGAGCGUGGAAGGUAUGAGACAGGAGAAGAGCGUGGAAGGUGUGAGACAGGAGAAGAGCGUGGAAGGUGUGAGACAGGAGAAGAGCGUGGAAGGUGUGAGACAGGAGAAGAGCGUGGAAGGUGUGAGACAGGAGAAGAGCGUGGAAGGUGUGAGGGAGGAGAAGAGCGUGGAAGGUAUGAGACAGGAGAAGAGCGUGGAAGGUGUGAGACAGGAGAAGAGCGUGGAAGGUGUGAGACAGGAGAAGAGCGUGGAAGGUGUGAGGGAGGAGAAGAGCGUGGAAGGUGUGAGACAGGAGAAGAGCGUGGAAGGUGUGAGACAGGAGAAGAGCGUGGAAGGUGUGAGACAGGAGAAGAGCGUGGAAGGUGUGAGACAGGAGAAGAGCGUGGAAGGUGUGAGACAGGAGAAGAGCGUGGAAGACUUCUCCCUCCUGGUUGGGUUUGAGUCUCUGCCUCAAGUGAAGGAGUUGAAGUAUCUCGGGGUCUUGUUCACGAGUGAGGGUCAGAUGGAGCGUCCUGAUUGGUGCGGCGUCAGCAGUAUAGCGAGCGCUGCGCCGGGCCGUUGUGUUGAAGAGCGAGCUGAGCCUGAAGGCAACGCUCUCAAUUCACCGCUCGCUCUUCGUUCUGACCCUCACCUGUGGUCUCUGAGGGAGGCCCAGGCGGUGUUGCUGAGGAAGACUCUGUCGCGAGGAGGAGGAGGAGGAGACAAGAUGGCCGCCGUGCUGAUGAAGCACAUCGAGAAGGAGAGGAAGAAACUAAACGCUGUGACCUCCUCCAUGAAGACUUUUCACACUCAGAGGGGACAGUACACCGUCUACUUCACCGCACCAGCAGCUGAUGGACAGACGGUCACAGGAGCAGGAGGAGGAGGAGGAGUGGAGAGGAUCCAGGUGAUGUUCACGCCGACCAUCUGCAAGGUGCGCUGCAGCCAGGAUCGAUGUGUCAACUACUGCGAACGAGGCAACGUGACCACGCUGUACAGCAGCGCCGAGGGGGGAGGAGGAGGAGGAGAAGGACGGAGAGACAGCUCCCAUGGACCGGGCUUCAGAGUCUUCCUCUGUCCUCUGCUCUGUAAGAACGGAGGCGUCUGCCUGCAGAAGGAUCGCUGUCUCUGCCCGGCAGGCUUCACCGGGAAGUUCUGCCAGAUCUCCGUCACCCCCACCGCCGUCGCUUCAGCCGCCUCUCUACCCUCCUCCACCAAUGAGAUCGUCAAACCCGCUCAACUCCCUGCCAUGGCGGCCAAUCAGGAGCUGACCCAUUCGGAGUUCCUCCUGCCACUGGGACAGAUCCAUGAGGUGGGAAUGUCUAGAGCUCCCAGUCCCUCCCAUGUGAAAGUCCGAGUGCAGCAUCCCCAUGAGGCCAGCGUAAAAAUCCACCAGGUGCUAAAGGUGUCUGGAUUCACUUCAAACCUGCAGACCCUCUCGUCCUCCUCCACAUCAGGGUCAGCAGGUGCUCCCGCUCCGGCAGGUGCUCCCGCUCCGGCAGGUGGGCUGGUCCAGGCUCAGACUGUGAGGGGGGCCGGUACGUACACCCAGCAGUCCGGGUUCAAGUACUGCUUCAGAGAGGUGAAGGACGGACAGUGCAGCUCUCCUCUGCCUGGUCUGAGGAGUAAGGAAACUUGCUGCAGAGGAAUCGGGAAGGCCUGGGGCACCACCGACUGUGUCCUCUGUCCUGAUAAUACAGGUCAAAGCAACAGCAGCUGUCCCGCUGGUUUCCAGAGAGUCAACGCAACCGGUUGUGUCGACGUGAAUGAGUGCCUCCAGCCGGGGCUGUGUGAGAACGGGAUCUGUAUGAACACCAGGGGGAGCUAUAGCUGUGUUUGUAGGGCGGGGUUCAUCCUCGACGCCUCACACGGAAUCUGCAUCUCUCAGCAGGUGAUCUCAGAGGAGAAGGGUCAGUGUCACCGGGUCCUGGGUUCGGGUCAGGGUCUGUCGUCGUGCUCCCUGCCCAUCCUCAGGAUCAUCACCAAACAGAUCUGCUGCUGCAGCCGCGUCGGGAAAGCCUGGGGACCCGACUGUCAGAGGUGUCCGUACUUUGGCUCAGUGGCCUUUAAGGAGAUCUGCCCCGCCGGUCCUGGUUAUCAUUACUCAGCCUCGGCCAUGCAGUUCAUCCAGAAAGCCAACAAGCAGCUGGGCAGCCGAGGAGCUUCGCUGGUAACCAACGGCAACCAGGAUAACCAGGCUCUCCUCCCUUCAGGUCCUGGUUCUGGAUCCAGUUCGAGUGGGGCCUCCGGUUCUCCUCAGAAACCCGCGACAGCUGCUGGAUCCGGUGCCUCUGCUUCAGGUUUUGGAUCAGUUGGUUCCAGCAGCGCCCACACGAGACCCGCUCCACCCCAGCCUCCUUCCCGGCCUGAACCUCAGGCUCCGCCCCCGCCCCGCCCGGGUGACUCCUCUGUGCAUGUGCAUCCCAGCAGCACCAACACUCUAACCACGCUGGACAAACCCCAGACUUCAGGCCGACCUGCGACCCUGCAGAGCCGGCCUGACGCUGCUCAGUCCUUCACAACACAACAGAGACCACAGCCUCCCUCCACUGGGGGUCAAGGCGGCCGCUCCUCCUCCUCCUCCUCCUCCUCCUCCUCCUCCGUGUCCCGGCCGGAUCAGACGGCGUCUCGAGGGGACUUUCUCCCGGCUCCGGUCCUGCCUCAGAGCCCUGACCGUGGGUCGAGGCCCGUUGGAGGACUCCCUCCUCUGCAGAAGACACCGGCUGUAACCAUGACGACCACGACGGCCCGCCCAGCACGAGUCCAGACAGUACGAGGUGUGUGUGAGAGCAGACCAGGUGUGUGUGGGCGUGGCCGCUGUGUGGAUCAGCCAGGUGGGAAACACACGUGUGUGUGUGAUCCGGGAUACCAGCCCAACUCCCAGCGCACGUACUGUCAAGAUGUCAAUGAGUGUGCUCAGUCUCCGGCUGUGUGUUCGGUGGGACAGUGUGUGAACACCAUGGGGAGCUACAGGUGUGUGUGUCCGUCUGGAUACAGGAGCAACAGCCAGCUGACCAGUUGUCAAGACGUCGACGAGUGCCAGCAGAAUCCCUGCAGCAACGGUCGCUGUGACAACACACCGGGCAGCUACAGGUGUGUGUGUCGCCUUGGUUACCGACUCAGUGGAAACACCUGCACAGAUGUGGAUGAGUGUGAGGAUGCUCUGCAGUGUCCGGGUCAGGAGUGCAUCAACAGUCCGGGUUCAUACCUCUGUGUGUCCUGUCAGCCUGGAUACGGACUGCUCAACAGGCAGUGUGCAGACAUCGAUGAGUGUCGUCAGGCUCCCUGCUCCAACGGCCGCUGCGAGAACACACCAGGAAGCUACCGCUGUGUCUGUCGCCAUGGUUACAAUCUACAAAACAACACCUGUACAGGUAAAGUGGAAGCGGUGGCAGAUAUAUAUUUAUAUAUAUAUAUAUAUAUAUAUAUAUAUAAAUAUAUAUCUGUAUCUAAGCUAAAGCCCGCCUCUCGUUGCCCCCCUGCAGAUGAGAACCUGUCGGUGUGCUGGCAGCACGUCACGGCAGACCUGGUGUGUCAGAGUCCUCUGCUUGGGGCUCAGGUGACCUUCAUGGACUGCUGCUGUCUGUACGGGGAGGGCUGGGGGAUGGAGUGCGCCCUGUGCCCCGCCUCAGACUCAGAGGACUACGCCAGACUGUGCAGCUCCUUUGUUCCUCUGUUUCCCGAGAGUUACCCGGACUCAUCGGGACCAGAGACCGGAGUGAGACCAGGAGCCGGACGAGGAGGAGGAGGAAGAGGAGGAGGAGGAGGAGGAGGAGGAGGUGGAGGAGCUCCUCCAUACUUCCCUCCUUACAGCACGGACUCCUUCCCUCCAGCUGUGAUUCCCGGCAGAGACUUCAGUGCUCCUGACUAUGACGACUACUCUCCAGCAGGGGGCGGCAGAUCCGGCUUCAGAGGGAGGACGCCUGCCACCUUCAACCUGCCUGACGGGGCGUUUGGCCGGCCUGAGUACAGCGCCGGUUUCUACUCUGAAGGAGACUUCGGCUCCCCCGUCGGCUCCCAACCCAGAUCCCCAUCCUACCGCCUCCCUCUGGACCCCCGGGCAGAGAGGGCAUUCGGCGCCCGUCCUCCUCCUCCUUCCCGGGCGGACGGCGCUCCUCUCAGCCUGGCCCCGCUGCCGGGCGCCCCCUACCAGGAGCAGGAGGAGGAGGAGGAGGAGGAAGCAUGGAGGCCCGGCCCCCCUUUUCCUCCUUUCUCUGACCGGAGCAGAGGAGGAGGCGGAGUCACAGGAGGAGGAGGAGGCGGAGUCACAGGAGGAGGAGGAGGAGGAGCACCGAGGAGGGUGUAUGAGAGACGAUACGAGUCGUACGGCGGCCUGAGCGCAGCCGAGGAUUGUGGGAUACUGCACGGCUGUGAGAACGGCAGGUGUAUUCGUGUUGCAGAAGGUUACACCUGUGACUGUUACCAAGGAUACGAACUGGACAUGACCUCCAUGACAUGUAUAGAUAUAAACGAGUGUGAGGACGGCGUCCGGCCCGAGUGGCCGUGUGUAAACGCUCGCUGUGUGAACACUGACGGCUCGUUCCGCUGCGUCUGCAGGAGAGGAUACGUGAUGUCCCGCAGACCGAACCACUGUGUGGCUGCAUAGACACAGACCAGGACUCUGUUGAGACCAGUUCAAACUGGUUUAGACAAUCAGGACUGGACUUACAGAACAGCAGACUGGGCUGGACUAGAUUAGACUUAAGGGACAAUUUAGAAAAACUUAACUCCACAGAGCUGAUUUCACUUAAAGUCAGGGUUGGUCAUUUCCUCCAGAUCCACUCUUUCAGAUUCUGGUGUAAAUUGUCUUUAGGUCCUGACAGACAUUAAUAACUCAGGUUCUCUGAAAAAGGAACAAAGAAAAUCCAUCAUCUGUAUCAGUUUGUAAUCCUGUAAUCCUUUGACCAAUGUCUGCCACGAGGUACCAAUCUGAUGAACCAAUCAGACGCCUCCCUGUCUCCCUUCUGGAUCAACAGCGCUCAAGCAUGUAAGUGAGGGGGCGUGGCUUUAGAGGAAGUGCAGACGGAGCACUGAGGGAAUGCUACUUUCAAAAUCAUGCUAGUUUUCAAAAAUGACCAACCCUGACUUUCAAUACUUCAGAAUGCUGUAAAGUUUUCACCAGAUUAAAAUCAUUAAAAGAG